CCUCUCUCCUUGUUUCCUUCCUACCCCCAGCUUAGUUCAGAGUGGUCAACUGCGACGUGAGGUAACACCAGCUUGAGACGUCAUCUCCCCCCGCUCCUCCUUUCAUUCACGUCUUUUGUGUGGGAGAUAAUAAUAGUCACGAGAUGACCUCAUUGACCCCCCCCCCUCCCUCCAAUUCUUCUUUUUCAUUUUCAACCUUUUUUUGAUGAAUCAACGUAACUAGCUCUGACCCAGGCAGGAGACGAGGGGGCGGUCCCUGUGACUGACAGCUAGACCGAAACGCAAAACCAAAUCCCAGUUGUAGGCACAUAGCGUAUGUCCUAUUUUUGUUUUAUUAGUUCUUCAGUCACCGACUUGGUCGUGUCUCGUACCGCUUUGUGAUGGUUUGGUCUCACCGCCACUGAUGUCUACAUUGACCCUGUGACUCCAUGGGGCACACACGUAGUUUUGGGAAGUCAGUCUAAUCUCUAGCCUGCACAUUGUGUUGGUAGAAAGGUAGACCGAUCGCUUUCGAACGGAUAUUUAAAUUUGAUCGUUUUUGAGAAAUCAUUGUAUGAAAUUCAUUUCCUAAUGGACUAUGUAUUGGUCACGUUUCGACUGUGUUGAUCCAGUGCAUUGUUUUUUUAUAUAGAUUCGUUGAAAAGUCAUCUUUAUAUUAUUAUAGGAUAACUGUAUGCAAUUACAGGCCUAGGGUAUAGAUGAUCGUAGGUUCAGACCUUUAUUUUGUCUACUAUUUUGGUGUUUAUGCAGUUUUAAGAAACAUUGAUUUGAAUAGGUCUAUGUUGAUAUCGAGGUAAGGCUAUAAGUUACAGCUUUGAUAGAAACCCUGGCAUACCUACCACGACGUGUGAUAGUGUUGAAUCAAACAUUUGCCCCCGCCCCUUACUCCAGUGUCAACAUUAGUUUGGAGGAAAUUCUUGGAAUGCCUGAUUAGGUUUACUUACGUGUUCAGCGCCUGUCUGCCGUUAAUUGCUUGUCACAUACAUCGGAUCACCGUGACACCUUACCUAUGUGUUGAUGGAGACACAGUUCGGUUGAAAUCAACUUGUUUCAAAAGUGUUGACCAUUGGUACAAACUGCUUUUUUUUUCGCUUAAUUUCAGUUUUGAACACUAUAAUGUUAGGAUUUGUGAUAUGUAAGGAAUGAUGCUCAAAACUAGAUCUAUAUUGUUAGUGUAGAUUAUUGUUAGCAUAAGCCUGCCUACUUUGUGAUAUGUAAGGACUGAUGCUCAAAACUAGAUCUAUAUUGUUAGUGUAGAUUAUUGUUAGCAUAAGCCUGCCUACUUUGAUCGUUCCGUAAGCAACAACUUAUAGACUAAGGACUUAUGGCCAGUGAUGUGUUGUGCCAAGCGUCCACUAUGGCUAAUUUCAGUGCUAAGCCUUACGCCAUCAUGGAGUUUGAGAGCCUGCUGGCCACUGCCAUGUCAUACCCCCAUAGCAACGGACACGCCCCUUCUCAUCAGCGUCGGUGUCACCGACCGAGGGGAUUAGAUGAUGAGGUUUUCGUAACAGGCCAGCCUGAAGUGCAGGUCAGCCGAAAGGUCAACGAAGUCAGUUCGGCAUCUCACUCAAGCCACCACUUGUCCCAGGCCACUUGGGCCGACACGGCAGAUAAAUUUACAUUAAUUGAUAGCAACCUUAGACACAGGGGCAGGUCCCCUUCUGAUAGCCACUGGUGUAACCAUGAGAAUGCCGUGACACAAGCCGUUUUCUAUCCUGGCUCGAUUUCAUCCGGGGAUCAUCUUGACAAAUUAAACUCAGCACCAAUAAAUAUCAGGUCUAAAUCUGUGAAGCCUGGACCAAACCUCAUCCGACCCAUUGCUUUCAAGCCUGUACAGAUGAGUCCAAACCACAGUCCAGUGUCUCACCUCAAUAGAAGAACUUCUGCCCCAGAUGAAGGAAUGGGUGGUGCCCAUGAAGUCAACAGACCUCAUGGCUUGAAGUUAGGUGUCAGCAUGCUGGGAGUCAGAGGUAGCCCUGACUCAGCACACAACAAGUCCAAUCCUGGGGCCUUCAACAGCAUGACCAAAAGUCAACAUCUUAAUCCUAGUGGUCAGCAUCUGAACAACUCAGCUGCAGACCACCCUCAGCAUACCCACUCACAUCCUUCCAGCAUCAACAGUUCACACAACAGCUCUCAGCAUUCCUCUGGGUCCUGCCACAACAUCUCCUCAAACUCUUACAGCAAUCUCCCUGGAAACUCUCAGAAUAACUUGUCUGCCAACUCAUCACAUUUUUCUGGCACUGAAGACAACAGCUUUACCAACGAGUUUACAAAACCGCUUGAUUGGCCCUCUGAUGCCAUACCUUCAGCCAACAGGCUGUCAUCACAUGGGGCUGAAGGUGUGUUGCAGACUCCCUCGCCCAGUGACAGCGGUGUUGGAGAGCUGGAAGCCAUCUUGCGUGAGAAAGAUGCUGAGAUAAACACUUUACGUGAGGUCAUGGACAGAAAUGAGCGUGCAAUAUUCCAAGUGUAUGAGGAGAGAAGACAUAACUGGCUACAGGAUACCCAGGAGCUGAGGGAGGAGUAUGAACGCAAACUUAAAAUUCAGAACAGGAAGUCUUACAAAACAGAACAAGUUCUAUCCCUCCAAGUCUACAAACUCCAACAAGAACAGAAAGUCCUUCAAGAAGAAAAAGCCAAGGUCACAAAUGAAAGAGAUAUGUUACGACUUCAGGUGGAAGAUCAGUUAUCAGAAAUAUCACAGCUAAAGAUAAGGCUGGAUUCAGUGAAUGGCUGUGAAACUCUACUCAGUAAUCCCUCCGACAGUCAAAACCUUAUGGAGGAACUUGCACUAAAGAAUAAAGAACUAAUAACUGUCAAAUCACAGCUUCAUUCUUUUGAACUAGACAUGGAUAAGAGAAAUAAAGAAAUAGCUGAUAAAGUUAGAGAGAUCUCAAACAAAUCUGAUCAGUUGAAAACUCUAAAAGAUGAGAUUUCACGCUUAAAAAAUCCUCCUGUUCUGUUAGACACAGCUUCUCAGACUCAUGCUCCUAGUGAAGUAGCGACUUCCGAGAAUAUGAAGCCUUCAAUGUUAGGAGAAAGGGACAAGACCAUUAACAACCUUCAGGAUGAGCUCUUGGAUAUACGAGCCCAGCUAACUGCCCUGAAGGAAGAACAUGAGAAAGAGAGGGAGCAGUGGUUGGAUGAAAAGAACAAAGUGGUCCGCUACCAGAAGCAGCUCCAGCUCAACUAUGUCCAAAUGCAGCGCAAGAAUGCCACACUGGAGAAUGAGGUUCAACAGUUGACCCUGGAGCUAGAGAGCCGAGACAUGAAACUGAUCACGUUGGAAGAGGAGAGCAUGUGUUGAUUUCAGUUACACACUCAAGAAAAUAUAUAGCGUAUGUGAUGAUAGCUAAUAUCCCACACAUUGUGUGUGAUGUCUGCUCUCUGUGUAAGUAGGAUCUGACUGACAAUAUAUAUGUUGACCUACAUCACACUGGAUGUGUUGACUAAUUCAUAUCUUAGGACUCUUGUGUGUAGAUAUAAAUAAACCAAAAUUUAUUUAGCACUAACCUAAUCUUAUGUAGGCUUAACUUCAGUGACUUUGUCUGCAGUAAGUCCAUAACUUUUACUAAUUACAAUUUAUUUUUAAAAAUUUAAAUUUCAUUUUACAAUUUUAAAUGUUUCACUGCCACUUGACAUGUGAAGAGGUUCCUUCAGGAAGUUAAAAACAAAAACAUGUAGUCCAGGUGUGCGACCUUCAGGUAAGAUCCAAAAUCACCUAAAUAUUAUUUUGUGAUAUUCUUUCUUUCAAUUUAUAAAUCCAUCAGCACUAACAUUGAAAGUCUUUGCAACUUUGUUUUCUUCUAUUUCUAUGGUUCCCCUUUUAUCAGGGAACGACAUGGCCUAAAUUGUGCCAGAAUAUCAAACCUUUUUUUUCAUCUAUAAAUUUUCUUGAGUUACAAGUUCAAAGUUAACAAAUAGAAAAAAAAAUUAAUUUUAUAAAACAAAAAAAGGAGGAAACCGCCUUGUAGAUAUUUUGUCUGAUUUAUGAAAGACUUCAAACUGUCAUCAUUUGCAAAUUGUAAACCAAAGAAGAUUCACAAAGAUAUUUAUUUGUAAUAUAGUCAAAAUAUUUAAUGGAAUAAAAUAAUGAAGAGAGAGUUUUAAAAUAUAUUUCGAAAAAAAAGUGUCUAGUCUUAACAUUUGAAUCUGAUACUUUUUCUUUUUGAAAUUUGUUUCUGAAAUAUAUUUUAAUCAGCCAGCUAAUAAAUUGAAAAUAAAAAGUGUCACCAAACAUCAAUGUUUGCAAAAAGAAGUGUGUUUUUUUUCAGAGUUAAUUUUUCAUGUUGCAAGAGAUGCUUCUGUUAGUAUAGCAGUUCAUGACAGUGUCAUGCGUGCAGCAGAACUUAUUUCUGUUAUAUUUCCCCAGCAGAUGUUUUCAUUAAAUCUGAAUGGACAUUCAGAAUGUCUUCAGCUUCUCACUCAAGAAUCCUCUCAAGAGUCCAGUGCUUCAUGAAGGCUCUUGCCACUUUGCCCACACAAUGUAAAAUAAAAAAUAUAAACAUAUUGUUUGGAAAUAUCUAUAAUUCAAUGCGUUCGUUGUAUUAUUUAGUAAAAAUAAAAAAGAUUUUAUUUCACUUGGUAGUAUGUUGGCUACAUAGUCUCUUAGAAAGUGCCUGUAUUAUUCAAUAUUUUUACAAUAAGGUGGCAUAGUACGGUGAAAGCUGUGAUUUUUUUUGUGUUUGCUGUCAUAUGUAUAUAUAUAUAUUUCAUAAAUUACUUGUGCACAUAUUAAAAAAUGCAAUCAUAAUAAAGUUGGCAUUUAUUUUUCUUGUAAUUUUAUGAACAUGUGAUUUUCUGUCAGUGAAUAUAAGAUUCAGUCUUAGUACCAGUACUUUUCAUGGUUCAUCUGACCCCACUUUUAAAAUAAAUUAGAAUUUCAGCCACAUUAAAAGAACAAAAUAUAUUAAUCAUAAAGAUUUUCUCAACAUAGCUGAAACAAAAAAAAUUUUUAAUGGUAUCUGCAAGAAGUCUAGUCACUUUUUGUAAAAAUACAUAAGUUCAAGAAACAACUAUUAUAUUAGUCAACGCUUACAGUAUUAUCUUGACAGAUUGUGUUUGUCAACAUAGAAGGAAGAUUGGGGAAAACAUGGUGCUGGUCAUGCAUGAAAUGCCAUGAAACAUUUUAUUUUGCAUUGACCAUUGAAUAUAAUUCAUACACAUGUUUAGGGAAAUAUAAUUCAUAAAUAUAUUAGCUAAUUAAAAAUGUACAGGAGAAUUAUUAAAUGACACCAGAAUUUGUUAUCAAGCAAACAGUUUGAUUCUAUCAAAAGUUUCAUCUUUUUUACUUGAAUGUCAAUAUUUGACGUACUUAACCACAUCUGCUUUGUGCAAUAUUGAAUUGAGUUGUUUUUUUAACAAAUACCAAAAAUAAUUGAGCUGGUUACAACUAUUCUAGUUUCGUAACAAAUACAAAAACAUGUUUUCAAAUGUUUUUUGAUACUUUUUCUUAUUAGACAGGGGAGCAAUCCCUACUAGGUGACACAUGACUUGAAAUCUCUUGAGAUGUCAUGCACAAUGAUUUUGUCUAUUAAUUUUGCACUAUUUGAAAAGCAAGAUUUAUUUGUUUGAUUUUGUACAAAUAUUUAUGACCUUCUAUUUGUGCCUUGACCCUCUUAUAAUCAACUGGAUGAGUUUUGUUCUCACUAAUAAUGAAAUAUGUAUUAGCGUCAUACUGCCAAACCCAAGGAGUGGCUUUGUGCAAUGUGUUUUUACAUUUUUUACUAGGUUGGUUUUAUCAGUUGAAAUUCAUAACAAAAAUGCUGAUCCAUGUUUGCUAAGCAUCCAUUCUAAUGAUGACAUGAAACUGUUGUCAGUACCUAUGUUAAAGUGUAUAUUAACUUCAUAAACUCAUUAUAAUAAUUAUUAUUGAGAAAUGUUACAACUACUGGUAAUGUAACCUGCAUGUGUAUUUCAUGUAAGAAUGAAAGUAGUCAUCUUGCCUUACUAAAUAUGAAUUGAAUAAAGAGUUAAUUAUUUGAA